AGUAGUAUUUAGUAAUUUACUUCUGUCUUCUAUUAUUAACCAUACCUUAAAGACUCGACUCGUGGUAUAAUUAAUAACUAUGCAUAACCAAAUACUAUAAUAAUUUAGGUUGAAGUAUGGCUUUUGGGUUGAAUUGUCGCCAUUGUCGGUACUUCGGUAGAUUGUUGAUAGGUAAAUCGCGAAGUAUAGAUAUGUCGAAAAUCUUGAGAUGUACUGUUUUUGAUCUUUCUUCAUCGUUGCGUAUCACUUUUGGCGGACCGAUGGUGUUUCAAUCUCGCACUGCACACAAUGUCCGAGCACCACGAAUCAAAUAUCCUUUAUGGUAUUUGCAGCGAGAGCGGGCAAAAGACGACCAACAAUUAACCGGAGAUAACCGUGCGUUCAUUAAAGAAGCCGUGCAUGACAAAUUCGGUAUGCCAGCGGUGAUUCAUGGAAUAUCCACUUAUGAUGUGCGAUCUCCAUUGAAUGAAGACUCAGUUGAGUGCAUGAACGUCGAAUGGAACCCAAAGCUUCAACGCACAGGGCUCAUAGCCCGCAAGCUUGGAAACUAUCCAAUGUGGUUAAACAACGGCAAAAGCGUGCUUACUACCCUUUUGCAAGUCAUUGAUAACCAUGUAAUCAAAUAUAUCCCACCAGAUGAGUUCAAUCCACCAAGGAAACCAUAUUCAUGCCCUAACCACAAAAAACAACUAGGAUGCCUUUUAGUAGGCGCCGAGAGCGCUGAUCCCCAAUAUUUUACAAAACAGUAUUGUGGACUAUUUUAUAGAGAAGGAAUGAUGCCAAAAAAAUACCUUGGCCGAUUUAUGGUUUCUCCAGAAGCAGCUUUGCAACCAGGUACACCGCUCUUGGCUUCACAUUUUCGGCCUGGAGAUUUUAUUGAUGUACGUGGAAAAACUAUUGAUCGAGGAUUUCAAGGUGUAAUGAAACGACAUGGUUUUCAUGGUAUGCCAGCAACCCAUGGUGUAACCAAAUCACAUCGCAGAGGAGGUAAUGUUGGCCAUGGCGGUGAAAAAGGUAGAAUAUUUCCAGGAACAAAAAUGCCAGGACAUAUGGGUAACAGAUACAGGUUACAUAAAGGAGCUGAAAUAUUAAGAAUCAACCAUAAAUACAAUGUUAUAUGGAUAAAAGGAAUAGCAUCACCAGGAGAAACAAAUUCAAUAGUUUAUUUAUAUGAUACUAUACUGCCAUUAAGAAAGCACAAGUCACCACCACCAUUUCCAACAUCAAAAGUUCUAGAUAAUGAUCAGUUAAUAGAUUCAUAUAAAGAAGAUGUAUACAAAUUCACUGAUCAAACUAUUACUUACGAAGAAGAUAAAUAAAUUUGUAUUAAAAUGGCUAAUAUUUGUUUUAUAAUUUUUAUAAAUGCAAAUUGUUUUUUACACAUCAAUAAACCAUCUAAAAAGCCAUAGUCUAAGAAUAUGAACUGUUAUAUUAUUCUA